CCCAAAAAUAUAUGUCACGCCAUGAGCUCAGGUAUUUGCUUAAAGAAAAUGACAGUGCGACUAUAAGGGUCGUUGAAGAUAAUGGCUCCACACCCACAUCCUCUUAAACAAUCUUCAAUCACUCCCUUUCCUCUUCUUUUCCCUUCCACCCAAUUUUCUUCCCCAAACAAUAUGGUUCAUUCUCAUCUCAGUUUGGCCGAUCACAUUGGGAGGAGAUUGAAUGACAGUUGUGGUUAUGCCAUGAACCAUGUGCAAAACACAACUCAAAAUUAUGCCAAUUAUAUGAGUUUGAACACCAUGGAAGGGACGGAAUAUGACUCUGGAGCUUCCACUCCUCCUCUAUGGAGAAAUAGUCCUUCCAGGAGCCCUCCGCAUCGACCCAACAUCGAUUAUCGAUGCCUAUCCCCAUCGUCCAAAGCUGAAGCUAUUGCCAGAGGUCAAAGGGAGCUUAUGGAAAUGGUUAGUAAAAUGCCCGAGGCUUGUUAUGAACUCUCCUUGAGAGAUCUUGUGGAGCAUCAGCCCCUGGCUGUUGAAUCCAAACAAGAGAGUUUUGCUGAAAGGAGAGGUCUGAUCAACGGAGAGAACAAGAAGAAGAAGCAAAAGAAUCCGAAACCCCAAAUUAAGAGAAGUGGAAGCUUAGAUAAUGGUGGGUUUCUUCUGAAAAUGGUGUUUCCAAUUUCCUUGGGGACUAACAAAAAGAAGAACAAGAAGAAGAAUGAUUGUGAUGCGAAUAAGAAUUGCAAACUUUCUCCAAAGCCAACGGUUUUAGAUGCAUCUGGUAAGAGUGUAGAUAAAGAGUGGUGGAAAAAGAGAUCAGGGUCGAAUGAGAGUGAGAGUGGUGGAUCCACAAUAAACAGUGGAAGUACCAGAAGCAUCCGUAGUAGCAGCACCAGUAGCAGCAGCAGCAGCUGCAGGAGCAUCAGCAAUAGCAGUCGCAGCCAUAAGAGAGGAGGUUGCUUGGCUUUUAUUCUGGCUAGGAAAGCCAAAUCAUCUCGGUGAAAGGGGCAGCUUUCAGCCAACUUUGGAAAUGUAGUUCAAUGUGGAUACAGCAGAGAUAUUGUACGAUAUUCAGAGAUUAUAACUUUGCUUUUUCUUUACUUACUUUUUUUUUGGGGGUUCCUUCCUGCUUAAAUUUGAACAUGAAUCAUGUUUUUUGCCAUCAGAGAUGCUGAGCCUGAGGUCUGUUUUCCAUUUUGAUUAUUCCUUUAUCAUUUAACUUCACCUUGCGUUCACGAAAUAA